AUGCCUUGGUUAGUCAAAGACAAGCCAACGUUGGAAGAAAAGCUCUUUUUUGUGCAUGUGCCACGAUGUGGGGGUACUUCAUUGAUGCAUCACUUUGAUGUGCCCAUCAAGGUCAUGGAAGGUCGAUCUUGUUGGGGCAAAUUUGGCAUGGGGGUCUUCUUUCAUCGUUACAAGUUGCUGGAGAGUGCCAAUUUUCCCAUUUUCACCUACGGCAAUGGCUUGGCCAUUAUCAUUUUGGGUUUGUCCCUGGCAGCUUCGGCUACACAAGAAGAAAAAAGAUAUGGAUUGUGGAUCCUGAGCAUCAUUUUGGCCAUUCUGGCCUUUAUUGUGUUCAUGUGCUUUAGUUUUGUCUUUACGGCACCCACCAUUGGUCGCUUUGACAAAGUGAGACGGUGUUAUUUGGUCUUUGUGCAUUACAUUUUGUGUCGAUUCAUGGAAUCCAUUGAUUGGUGUACCGGUACCAACCGCGCAGGGUACAUGAUGCAUUUGACUGCGGCCAAAUUGUUGGGAUAUGGGUAUGUUACCCCCGAAGAAAUGGAAAAUGUCUGUACCAUGGCCAUUGUCCGAAACCCAUACUCUCGCAUGGUAUCCAUGUACAGCUACAACAAAUUUGGAUCAAUGGAAUCCUUUCCACAUUUUGUCAAGAGUUGGUAUCACUACACGACACGCCAUUAUCGAGAAAGGGGUGAAAUGGAUGAGUGGUAUACUCCAUGCCACGGAAUCCCCCAAUUUGAAUAUACACAUUAUCAAGGCAAACAAUUGGUGCAGUCAAUCGUCAAACAAGAAGAACUCAAAUUCCUCAAAACCAAAGAAGAUACACCCAAAGCAGUACAGCAAGAUAAUACUGUCUCUGAUUUACCGGACCCUGUGAGAGAUGCGCUCCUGGGAAUGCCCCAUACCAAUGCACGAAAAACCACCAAGAAAUGGUUUGAAUACUUUGACCAAGAAACAUUGGAUUUGACGUAUGAAAUGUACCAGCACGACUUUGUCGUCUUUGGCUAUUCUCCCACUUUGACACAGCGCACGGAUCUGCAACCGCCUGCCUUGUGGGUCAAGGAACAAGCCAAUGCAAAAGCAGCCUCUGCGGAAUUAGAAGCACCACCACAAAUUCCCAAGCUAGAACGCUUGGUGCGAGAUUCUACCAAGUCAUCGAUCGAAUCCCAAAAUAUUCGUAAGGACGCUAUUCGACGAUCCAGUAGUGCUACAAUCACGUCAUCAAAACGAUCCUUUGCUUCCAGUAUGAUUGGUCCAUCCCAACAGUUGCAAAUGUCCGACUUGAUGAAGUUAGAACCACUGGGAGAAGCAUCUUCAAAGUCCAAUACAUUUUCACCACCACGAGCGGGUAAUGGUGCAUCACCACCGGCAGCAGUACCAGAAGAAGAAGCUGUUGCACCUGCUCCAGCGCCCUCUCCGGUACUUGAACCAGGGGAGUAA